GUUCAGGACGGGACGGGACGGGAGAGCCCAAUUGCCAUCUCUAAGAAGGAGGGAGAAGGCUUCUAUAGUCUCGCCUCCCCCCAAAAACCCUCCUGUCCUUCUUAACUUUCAAAACCUUUCGUCUCCAGAAGAUGAGCAACGACAAGGACAAUUUCAGCCUCGCCGAUCUCACUGCUGCUCUUAAAGACGAGGAUCGAGCCGGCAUCAUGAACAUUCUCAAGAACAAGAUGGCUGGGGACGUGCUCGAGAAUCUGUCUCCUCAAGUGAGAGCGCGUGUCGAUGCCUUGAAGGAUAUACAGAGCCAACACGAUGAACUUGAGGCUAAGUUCCGUGAGGAGAGAGCUGUUCUUGAAGCCAAGUAUGAACAGUUGUAUCAGCCUUUGUAUGCCAAGCGUUUUGAAAUUGUGAAUGGAACUACUGAAAUCGAGCUGACUCCAGAGGAUACUAAGAUGGACGAUGGCCAAGGAGAGGACAAAACUGCUGUGAAAGGAGUUCCCAGUUUCUGGCUGACUGCUUUGCAAAAUAAUGAUGUUACUUCCGAGGAGGUCACAGAGCGUGAUGAAGAGGCUCUCAAGUAUCUUAAAGAUAUUAAGUGGUGCAAGACUAAAGAGCCUAAAGGAUUCAAGCUUGAGUUUCUCUUUGACUCAAAUCCCUUUUUUAAAAACAAUGUCUUGACAAAGUCUUAUCAUGUGAUUGAUGAGGAUGAGCCACUACUUGAGAAGGCUAUUGGGACUGAGAUUGAUUGGUAUCCUGGGAAGUGUCUAACUCAGAAGAUUCUUAAAAAGAAGCCUAAUAGAGUUUCAACGAACGCCAAACCAAUCACUAAAAUGGAAGCUUGUGAAAGCUUCUUCAACUUCUUUAAUCCUCCAGAAGUCCCGGAUGAAGAUGAAGAUAUCGACGAGGACAGAGCUGAGGAACUUCAGAAUGUGAUGGAACAAGAUUAUGACAUUGGAUCUACCAUCCGGGACAAGAUUAUCCCGCAUGCCGUCUCAUGGUUUACUGGUGAGGCUGUGGAAGGACAGGAGUUUGAUAUAGAUGAUGAUGAUGAUGAUGAUAGUGACGAAGAUGAUGAUGAUGAUGAUGAUGAUGAUGAAGAGGACGAGGAUGAUGAUGAUGAUGAAGAGGACGAGGAUGAUGAUGAUGAUGAUGAUGAUGAGAUGGAGGAUGAUUGCAAGACUAAAAAGAAGAAGGGAGGCAGCUCUCAGAUUGUUGGUGAUGGUCAACAAGGCGAGAGGCCACCAGACUGCAAGCAACAGUGAUCUCGAUGCUCUACUGAACAAAAAAGCCAUGUGUGAAAAUAUAUCUUGGGUCAAUUCUCAGUUCAUCUAGCAUUGAGAAUUGAAGAAAAAUAUUUUAGUUGUUUUUUUUAUAGUGUAAACCUCAUUUCCUUAUUGAUGAUGUUCUCAUUCGAGUUUUGAUAAUUUGUUUUGGUGUUUACUUUCCUUGAAUGAUUUAAGACUCAAUUAAUACCUUGGUGUUUAUGAAUGAAUGAAAACAUCAUCCCCUUGUUA